UGAUUGAAUUUUGUUCUAAAAAAAAAUAGUCGGAAAAUAGUCGAUACAUCUAUUGCAUUAAAUUAAAAUUACAUUGAAAAUCAGUUCUGUCAGAGAUGCGGAACUGUUAUGUCCCAAAGUGCGAUUAUAAAAAUAAAUACAACCCGAAACGAGCGAUGUUUAAUGUCCCCAUUAAGAAUCCUCCUCUUUUUCGGAAAUGGCAAAAUAUCCUCCCGGUGCAUCAUCGUCCAUUGAAGGAGUUCGAUCGGAUUUGUGAACAACACUUUCGAGAGGAAGACAUCCUUCGAUACUGGGAGCACACUAUCAACGGAACAGUGGAACGAAUGGCGCGUCACAAACCCUUAUUGAAACCAAAUGCCAUCCCAGUGUUCGUGGAAGUAGAUCAUGACGAAAUAACAGAUAAAAACACCACAUCCACUUUGCCCAAACGGAAAUAUCGUAAGAAAAGUGAAAGCCAGUCCAGGGCAAAGACUAUGCGACAAGAUAUUGAAGUGCAAAAUGUUGAUGAAUUAGUUCUGGAAGGAAGCAGUAUCAACCAAUCGACAUUGGAAUCAGACGCCGACCCAAUACACUUAUCUAUACAGGAUGUAAGUGAAGUAGUUGAUGGUCAGGCCGUUGAACAUAACAUUGUUAUCGAAAUGACUCAUCUGAUGCAUCCGGAAUUUGAAACCUUAUUCGAUGAGGUGUACGAGGUGGAAUUACCUUCGACUCUCUGGGGAAUUCAUCGAGACCUUGAGAAAACAUUUAUUUGCUUUUCGGAAUUCAGCAAGGAUACCAUGACGGUUCGAAAGUACCUUUUCAUUGACCGAUUCUUGCAAUACCGGAUGGCCGUUGGCCAGCGUGUUAUGAAACGAGGAACCCUCCCGAAUGGUUCCACUGAAUCCAUCAGUGAAUUAUUGACCAAGUUGGAUGAAGUUAAAAUAAGGAAAGUGAUCAUCAAAGGUAGCUCUUCGGUGUUUCCUGAAUCUUGAAGCUGUAAAAUGUAAGUUAUAAGUCUUGAUUUACUGAUCGUAGUUUUAAAAACUUUUAAUACUUUUAUUUGUUCCGAAAGCAUGUACAAAACGUAUUC